AAUUGAAGAAUAUACUCCACAAGUGCCUCAGAAACUGGGCUCAUAUCAUUCGAUCUGAUCGUCGAGUAUAACUCUCCCCCAGACUCGCACGUGAUUCUGAAUAAUAUUAUAUUCCUUCAUCGGAACUUAGUCUAUCGAAGGUUUAGGCCAGACGAGAAAAAAUCUCCGAUGUUGUUGGAAGUGCUGUAACUUUGUGACUUUGUGAUAAAAGUGAAGUUCUUUUUACCUUCCGUCUUCAACGUGAAUAUUCAUAACUUUGUAAUUGAAAUGAGUGGAAUGGUCGUCAAGCAAAAGUACAAGAAUAAUUUAAAGCCGUGAAACACUUGAAGAGCAAAAAUAUAAAAAAAAAACAAGAAAAUUGUGGGACAUCUUUCCCAUCCUAAAAGCCCCAAGUUCAUCCUAACUUUUAUACUUUUAAAAGCUCAACAAUGUUUUUUCGUCGAAAAGUUGCAAUAUCACCGCCUGAGGCUGGAUCUAACCACGGCAAGGAACAAUCUGAAUCCCAAAUCCCAACAAUUGACUUAAGCAUGAGUGGUCAGCAGAGGGACGAGGCCCAGAAAGUCAAUCUCUUUCCUCAGAAUGAGGCUGAGAAUGAACAUGUGUACGAUGAUGAAGAACCAAAGAUAUGGAAAAGAAUUGUACGAAAUUGGCCAGUGAUAUCACAACCACUGUCCAUCCUGAUAAUAUUACUUCUGAUUUGGGGUGUGGGUCAUUCAAUUCUGCCACAAUACACUGCCCCAGACAGUCCCUUCAUGAGAAUGGCCUUCCUGUUCGUCGGUGGUCAAAUAUGUGGUGUCCUAGUCAGUCUUAUUGGACUUCCGGACAUGCUGGGCAUGAUAGGUUGGGGUGUCUUCUACAGAAACAUCGGUUUGGGCAACUUUGUUGGUCUUUCAGGCCUCGAGGCUAUUUUGAGGGAACUGGCAUUGGUUAACAUAAUGCUUUUGGCGGGAAUGGGGCUUGAUCUUGAUGCCCUACGGAAGCUCUUUGGGAUGGUGAUGAGAAUAACAUUAAUCCCAACGGUGGCAGAGACCGUCACUGUGGCUCUCCUGGCAGUUUAUCUCUUUAACAUGCCCUGGCUAUGGGGUUUCCUUCUUGGGCUUGUGGUUACAGCGGUAUCCCCAAAUGUUGUCAUCAGCAUCCUCCUGCAGCUGAAGGAGCAACGAUUGGGUCUCAAUAAAGGCAUUCACACCCUUAUAAUUGCUAUGACAAGCUGCAAUGAUGUCAUUGCCAUCUUCUGCUUCGGCGUGGUGUUGGGUGUCAUAUUCUCCAGCGGCAAUCUCACUGACCAACUACUUCAGGGGCCAAUUGGUAUAGUGCUGGGUCUUGUUGCAGGAUUUGGAAUGGGUGUCUUUCUCACCCUCAUGCCAUCCAAUAAAUCCAAUUACUCUACUGGCCUCAGAGUGACCAUGAUAGUGCUGUCCGGGGUGUUAGGAGUUGUAGGGAGUAAGGCCAUAUCUUACCCAUCGGCCGGAGCCCUGUCGUGCAUUGUGGUGUCUUUCGUGGCAGGAACUGGAUGGCGAAAGAAGCACGCAAAGCAAGCGGCCGACGUCACGACUUACUUGGACUUAAUGUGGAAAUUCAUGAAGCCAAUCUCAUUUUCCAUGAUCGGCAAAGAGGUGGCAUUCAAUCUCCUCGGAGGCGAAACCGUUCUCUACGGCUUUAUCGUCCUUAUAGUUGGUGUUCUUGUUCGUGUGGUCUUUGCCUAUGCAUCAUUGCUGGGUGGUGAACUAAGUUGGAAGGAGAAGGCCUAUGUUACCAUUUCAUCAUGCCCCAAGGCAACAGUUCAGGCGGCUCUUGGACCUGUUGCUCUCGAUUUAGCUCGGAAAAUGGAUUCUACAGACCAAACACUGACGUAUGCCAAUCAAGUUCUCAUCGUAUCAGUGCUGGCCAUCACGGCAACGGCGCCCUUAGGAGCACUCCUUAUGACCAAAUUGGCACCGUCAUGGCUCAAAAGAAGCCCCCCAGUUUCCCAACUGACCACAAUGGACACCAACGGAACAUCGGAUCGCUUCUAGGCAUUGUAAAUGGGAUUUUCUCCAUCACAUCGGGAUCUUAGUCUUUUAUUUGUGAUUAUUCAUUGCUUUUUCGACUGUUUCUCUACAUACACACCCAAUCUGACUUUUUUUUUCUGCAAGUCACCCCAAGAGGUCCAGCCCAUCCUCAAUCAAUCCUGAUGGACUUGACCAAGGGAGGCCACGCAGAAUCAUCUAUUUUAUACCUCAUUUCAUCGAUUAUACAGCUUAUCUCACAUCAACCUCCCCUCAUCGUAAUAUUAACCCAAGAAAUAUUUCUCAUUCUGCCGAAUGAAAAUGGUGCUAAAAGAAUCGGAGGAGAGAAUGUAAACUUAUGAAUCUUACUUAGUUUUGUACUUAAGUGUAAUAUAUUGUUCAAUUUGUAACUUAAUUUAAGGAAAUAAAUGUUCACACAGCAAUUUUACAA